UGUGCCCAGGCCGGGGUUUUGACAGCGGCAGCACAGCGGAGGCUGUAAAAGGACGCGUCUAGGGGACCCUUCUUAUCUCCUCCUUUGCGCCCUGACAGCCGUUUAAAUCGCUUCAAUUUCGGGCUAUAUGGCGGCAUCGGAUUGGGAAACUCUCUUAAAGUCUGAUGUGUGACCCGGAAGCCGACCCUGUCCGCCACCAUGGUAGACUUGCCAAGUCGCUACAGCCCCCCAUCCCCGCUGGAAGUCCCGGUUCUGGGCAGCCCGUUGUGUGGGGACCUCAUUCGGGAUAUAAAUGACCUGCAGGACCUCUCGCAGUCCAUUGAAGACGACGCCCUCAGCUCCUUGGAUGUCCCAGAGUACCAGUCAUCUGGUCCGGGCUCUGGGUCUGAGAGCUCCACCAUCAUAGAUGGCCUCACCCCUGCCUCCAGCCCCUCCUCGGGGGUAUUUGGGGCGGUAACAGGACAGGAAGAGUUCUCCUCCACUUCUCUGACCCUGGAGUGCCGAGUGUGCGCAGACCGCGCUUCAGGCUACCACUAUGGAGUGCACGCCUGCGAGGGCUGUAAGGGUUUCUUCAGAAGGACGAUCCGGCUGAAGCUGGAGUACGACAAGUGUGAGCGCAGUUGCAAGAUCCAGAAGAAGAACCGCAACAAGUGCCAGUACUGCCGCUUCCAGAAGUGCCUGUCGGUGGGCAUGUCCCACAAUGCCAUCCGAUUUGGGAGGAUGCCCCAAUCGGAGAAGAUGAAGCUGAAGGCGGAGAUCCUGACCGUGGAGAAGGAGACGGAGAACCCGCAGCUGGCUGACCAGAAGACCCUAGCUAAGCAAAUCUACGAGGCCUACCUGAAGAACUUCAACAUGAACAAGUCAAAAGCGCGAGUCAUCCUGACAGGGAAGACCAGCACACCGCCUUUCGUCAUCCAUGACAUGGACACGCUACGCCUGGCAGAGCGCACCCUAGUGGCCAAGCUGGUGGGUGGUGUGGGCGGCCUGCAGAACAAGGAGGCAGAGGUGCGCAUCUUCCACUGCUGCCAGUGCAACUCCGUGGAGACAGUUACUGAGCUGACUGAGUUUGCCAAGGCCGUGCCGGGCUUUUCCGUCCUGGACCUCAACGACCAGGUGACACUGCUCAAGUAUGGCGUCUACGAGGCCAUGUUUGCCAUGUUGGCCUCGUGCAUGAACAAGGACGGGCUGUUGGUUGCCUACGGAAAUGGCUUCAUCACGCGCGAGUUCCUCAAAAGCUUGCGGCGGCCCUUCAGCGACAUGAUGGAGCCCAAAUUCCAGUUUGCCAUGAAGUUCAAUGCCCUGGAGCUGGAUGACAGUGACCUGGCACUCUUUGUCGCCACCAUCAUCUGCUGUGGAGACCGCCCAGGUCUGGUGAAUGUGCAGUACAUCGAGCGACUUCAGGAGACUCUGGUGCAGGUGCUGCGCAGCCACCUGCAGGCCAACCACCCAGAUGACGCCUUUCUGUUCCCCAAGCUGCUGCAGAAGCUGGCCGACCUGCGGCAGCUGGUGACGGAGCAUGCCCAGCUGGUGCAGGAGAUCAAGAAGACAGAGGACACCUCGCUGCACCCUUUGCUGCAGGAGAUCUACCGGGACAUGUACUGAGGAACAGGCGGUGCUGGGGGUGAAUCAGCCCACUCAAGCCUGCUGCAAAGUUAAUAGGGGCAGACUGUGGAGGCUCCGGAGGAGCUGACAGGCUGCGGAGCUCAGCGAACCUACGCAUCCACCUUCAGAAGGUGCGCUACUCCAUGAGCGCUGAUUACGACGAUAUAGACAUUCACCUCAUGGUAGUACAUUGGCAACUCUUAUUGGGUUAAUGGCCCAUUUUCUUUUAAGCUAACUGGUUGCAGUACUGGUCUCACUUCUCCCCCCCCCCCCACCCCUUUGGACAUCUUAGUAGAUGAGUUUGUUCUUCUGGGGCCUUCCUGGGAAUUGAAGAUCUUGUCCUCGGAGCCUCAGACACAUGAUUUGCUUUUUUUUUUUUUUUUUUUUUUUUUACACACAUGCUAAAAUUCCUCACUCCAGUUACUGUGAAGUUUUCAUCUAUCAGAAAUACUGUUUUUGCCAUCUGGUCAACAUGCACAGGAAUGUUUUAAAGGAACCUUUAAUCCCCCAUAGUGAAUGUUUAAAAAAAAAAAAUCACAUGGUUCACCUAGUUUCUUUUAUUUAUCAUGAUUUCAUGUAUAUUUCAUGUAAAUGUUUCCAGUCCAAGUUCAGGUAAAUGUGAUUCACCAGUGCUCACAAAACACUAAAGCUAGAUUUAGGUGGUUUACUUCAGCCUACGGUAGCCAUGUGUAGAAACUCUUCGUUCUUGUAGCACUGUCUUAAAAAGGAAAAUGUCACGUCACACAACAAACAGUAAAUGCACACUGUGUUGCUACGUAACUGGUAACAGUCGGUGGUCUUAGCGGUCAGCUUGGCAGUGCAACGUGUGGAUUGUGGGAUACCAGGUGUUUUGGUCCCAGUUCCUUUUUCCCUACUUCUCGCGUUUGGAUGGAGAUGCUGACUGGAUGGGUGACAUGGAAUGAGCCUUCAGGGCAAAGUUUCUUAACCAACUAGAUGUUUUUCAUCCCAGAAAGAUUGUUUCCCAGCUACUGUAUUCACGAUGAAAUCAAUCUUAAAACCGACGUCAUAUUGUCCUAUUUCUAAUACCAGAUAGAAAUAGUUCAAUGCCUUGUCUUUGUACGUAAGUGUCAGUUUAAUACAACCUCGUACAAACACGAUCCAAUCGCCUGGCCCCUUAGUUUCAUAUUGUCCUGAUCAGAGCUACUGUAACAAUGUUUAUCCUGCCUUGAACAGUUUGUUUCCACAACAGGGCAGCCAUGGCAACGCAAUUUUAAAGAAACACCAUCGGUGAUCAUCUCCAGUAUCAUAGGAAAGAAGUAUCUCACAUUUUUUGGUGUCUGAUUAGUCUGUACCUCAGUAGAAAUGACCUGCCUACAUGUUUUGGAGGUUUGUUUUGACUCUAGUGUUUUAAGAGACCAAAAACCUGUACUGGAGGUUUUGCACAGACUUUUGGGUGCCACUUGGUUUCUUGUCUGACCAGUCGGAAGGGAGGGGGGGGGGGGGGAUGGGACAGUUCAAGGAGUUUGUAAAUAUGAUCUUCAACUGCUACUGGUUUAAUAGGGAAAUGUAACCAGGUGUGUUCUUGGUGAGAGGUAAGCCGUUUGAAAUAGAGAUAAAUGAUCUUUAAUAAUGGUUUAAUAGACGUCUAAUAGGAAGGGAAGUAUGAUAAUGAUAUAGAAGAACCCAGAAGUGGUAGAGAACUAGGAGCAAGGUGUUAGUCUUGGGCUAUACCUGCCUUCAUCAUGACGAGUACUCCUCAACGGUUCAGAUAUGCAGGUUCUGCUUUAUUCAUGGUCCAUAUUCAGAUUUUAUGGACCCAUUGCACUUGAUACCCUGUACAGUGUGACACUGGGUGCAGGUAAUUCAUCAGACAAUUCAUGAAUCCCAUUCACUGGAAAAAGAACAGUGGUAUUAACUGAUAGGUUGUAGGAUGAAUGGAUACAUUAAAAUUUGUGAGGGUAUUUAAACUCAUUCUAGAGAAGCUCUUGCUCAUGCACUACAAAAUAAUAUAUUGCUUGUUGUAAUUACAUUCGAUCGUUUUUAUACUGAUUGUAAAAUAUCCAAGAUAACACUAAUAAAAUAUAUGCUAAAUGUGUACGUAGGUUUGGAAUCAGAAGAUGUCUUUCUGUAACCACAGUUAAGUAGGUUUUGGCCCCCUGAUAGAGUGACUGGAGUGGGGAUGAGGGUUGGCCCAUCACCUGGAGUGAAUCAGGGACCUCUCAAAUCUGCAAGAGUGGUGCAGUUAAAGGUUUGUCCACCAGGGGGUGCUUCGGGUCCCCACCUACCAUUGUCACUGCAAUGAAAUGUCUCCAGAGUACUCCUCUUGGAAGAGUGAAGUAAAUGCACAUUCACCUAUGCUUCGUAAUUCUGGAAAAUCCUUAAGUUUUGCCCCGUGUCUUUCUGGGAUUUAUAUGAACUGAUGUUGACUAGUGAUAUCAUCAUAGUCAGUAGGACAAGGAUGCAAUACAAUGACUGCAUUUUUUUUUUACUUUGGAUUUUCAACAUUCUGGCUCACAUUAGUCAUGAAGGCGUGGUCGCAGUGUUCCCAGGAGGGUGUAAAUUCUUCACAGAACCAGAACAAAAUGUGGCAAGUCCAUUUACUUUGUUCUGGUAUCAGGUCAGAGCACUGUAACUUAAAAAGAUUUCUCUGUUACUUGCGGUAAAAACUCCCGCAGCCAUGUCUGUACCAGAUUAUGAUAAUGAAAGGUGGACGUGUGGAACAUCACGAAUCUCUGAAUACCUGGUAUUCUAACAUCGUCGUGUUAAUCUUAUGGGGUCACACUGCCCCCUGCUGGCUGUGUAGUGUAUCACUUAAGAAUCACCACUAAAGCUUCUCCUUAGCGACGGAAACCCAAAUUGAGUGUUGACAUUCCCACUUUCAAAGCUCAUCACAGCCCUGAUGAGGACCUUUUCCUGAUUUAUGUUACUUUGGGGGGUGGGCUUUUGAUACCAUUUGUGCCUUAGGAAGCACAUGUGUGUGGAGUGGAGACACAGGAAAUGACAUAAUGUGUCACUUUCCAGUAAGAAGACAGGUGUCUGCACACAUGAAUAAGGGCAUGCCACAAAUGGCAACAGCAGGGGUGCAUAUCCAACCCCUCUAUUCCUGUAUUCUGAAAUCCUUUAAAACAUCUGCCAUGGAAGUGAAUACCUUCCAAAGUUCACCGGAGUCACUAAUCAAUGGGCCAAGCAAACAUACAACACCACCCUACAUCCAAAAUGCAGAACCGACCAGUUAUUUUGUAUCACUCGCCUCACUGUGUAUCAAUUUGUGUUUCACUGACAAGGGAUUUUAAAGAUGUAUCAGGGAAUAUGACGUCGUCUUCCUCAGUUUAUACUAUCUCAGGAUACUUUUGGGUACUGUUAUCAUUGCUGUUAGCGUAACUGUUAGCAUUCUCCUUAGACUUCCCAUAGUCCCCCUAGACGGCGCUCAGCAUGAUGCGUUAAGUACUUGUCCUGAAUGUCCAUUCUAGUUCCUUACAAACUGACUAUCAUCAGUAAUCAUAAAUGCUCAGUGGGGCUGCAGUCAGAGAAACCACAACUAAUGAUUCUCUUUUCGUGUUUGAGAUUCAUGCAGUAAAUAGGAAGAACCCCUAAUGUUUCCUUUUUCCCAUUUCAGUAUUUCAUGCGGUGGUUUUCUAGCUAGCAGCCAUGAGAGGAUUGACCAAGUUGGUGUUAUUGAAUUGUAAUUAUGGACUAAUAAUAUUAUACAUGUUUGAUGAAUGUAUGUUUAGUCACUUAAACAACAGAUGAUUUGACAUUUAUGGGUUUAAAACAAUAAAACACUGAAUUCUUA